UUUACAGGGACCCCCCGGGGGGCUGAGCUUCUGAAACAUGGAGCUCUCGGAAGCAUGUCAUUCAACUGAAGACGCAUCGUCAGUCUCGCAUUGGCCUUUUAAUGAAUGCCUCUUGCCCUUGAGUGCAGUAAACUCCCCCUUCCCUCUUUUUUCCUAGGUUUUGCUCCCCUCUUUAGCUGAGUCGACUUGGCUCUUGAAUUGUUUCUUUCAUUUUGCUCAGAAUAAAACAAACUGAAUCGUUAAUUUAAUUUCUUCUAUUGCACACUCACUCACUCACUUAUUAUCAAUGAUUCUCGACCUGGACUUAGGCGCCCUUGCGUCUCGCGCUGAGGGGAUGGGUCUCACGCGAGUACUCCCCAGAGAAGCCAAGGAAACAUGUCACAAUGAUCAAUACUCGGAUACCUGCGAAAAGCCCAAUAUUAGCACAGGCGAGAUCAUGCUAAUUCUCUUCGUCGCCAGCGCUGUGGUAGCCCUUGGCGUUAUCGCAAUGCUAUGCUUCCUCCAUCGCCGCCGCAAGCGCCUCGACAAACUCGAAGACCCCAAGGAUUUCCAAGAACUCGACGACUACGGCAUUGCGCCGAUCAAGCAAAAACCAGCAAAUAUGCCCCGAGCUCCACCGCCGACGUAUGAGCGAUCCCAGGACAAGAAGGAGAUGAAUACGGCUUCGCCUGCGACUACGAAUGAGAGUUGGGGACGGGGGAGGGACUCGACUGAUUCGUUAACACCGUCGCUUCGACAGGCGAUGGGGGUGACGCCCCGAGAUACACUGGCCAAUCACUAGGGAAGUAUUCCACUGUGGACUGUAGGCGGAUGAGCUACUGCAGGUGUUCGGUCGGGUUAUGCAUAAUCGACCUGAGGUGUCGGGUGUUUCAGAGAUGCAGCUACGCGAUAGUCGCCGAUUUACAGAGGGGAUCAAACAAAGAUUGGCAUGUCUUUACGAUGGCAUUUGGGAGAUCAAUUGGUAUGCACGGCGUACGGGCUUUUUGCAGGAUGGGCGUUCUUUUGGUUGGGUUUGGACUACCUUGCGCAUGACUAGCGACAGUUUCCUUGACAAUUCGAGAAUAUUUUGAUACCUGGUUGCUGGCGAUGCAUCUGUGAUGGGGAGGGAAUCGUGAAAUUCUCACUCUGGUCCAAGUUUAGAUGAGCCUUGCAAAGCUCUGGGUAGACAUUUUCUGCCUGUGGUAUUUGCCCGGCCUUCUCAGGCUCUCUCGGUUUGCUGACUGAGAUCAGAAGCUCACUCUGGAGUACGCAAGGCGAACAUGUGUAACAAGAGGCUCUAGACGAAGAGGGUCUUCUCGUGUGUGCCCUUGAUUCAGUUUCAUUCAGUUCAGCUGAUCACAUUCGUGAAGUGAUGGGGCGCUGUGUAACUCUGUUGUCAGCACACUUUAGGGAAUACGGCUG